AUGACAGUCGUAACGGCUGACGUAAUACGUUGGCCGGAUUUACCCAGGUCGAUCGUUCCGGCCGCCGGAAUCGACCGGUUUCGUUCAAAUGCUUUAUUAACAUACGACGUACGUUUAGGAUACAAAACUGAUGAAAACGAUUUCAAUGAUAAAACAUCACAAUGGAAGCUUUAUGCAAAGUCCAGAGAAACUCGUCGUUUGGAUUGCAAACCGAUUAAUCAUGGACUUAAAACUGAUCCGGUAUACAUUUGUGAACAGUUAGCAUUUCUUGAACUUGCGGCUCUAAAGUAUCCAUAUUAUUUGAUAAAUUUACAAAUUGUUGGCGACAAAGAUUAUUCGCAAAAUAUCGGAAAAUUGAUGUCAUUGGAUUUUGUUGUGACUCCAUUGGAGUGGUUUACUCUUUUAUUUCCAUCGAAUUGGUUUCAAAUAUUUACUGAGAUUCGACAAGGCCUGUUCUUCUGUGUUCUAUUAACCUUUUGGUUGGUUUUUGCCGGUGAACAUGUUAUUGGAGCUUCAUUUCGUUUUGGUUCAUUAUUAAUUGCCACAAUUAUUUGUGCUAUUUUGACAGUCAUUUGGUUUUGUCUAAGUCAAUUUUAUGAAACUCAUUGGAUAUGGGAACACGAGAAUACACCACCAAAAAUUCAUUAUUCUGGCGCAUUCAUUACAGGAGUUUAUGGAAUGUGGAACUUGUAUGUGUUUGCCAUCCUUCUCUUAUUCUCUCCAUCGGCGUCCAAUAUUGUAGAAGAUUUAGUCGAACUGAAUCCGGCUGGAAGUAUCGUUGAAUUAUGUGACACAGCUAAUCCAUCUUUUUAUCAUGUUAUUAGUAAAACUGCUCUUGAAUGA